AUGGGCAUGCUGGACCACCGUGCAGGAUGUAUCCCAGCACAGGGCUGCACGCAGUGCCUCCACGCAGCCACGCUGCCACGCCUGUCUUGUCGAGGAUGUCGAAAGCCGAUCUUGGAGCAUUCUUGCGAUUGGGGCCAGAUCCGAGCAAGGAGGCGAGGCUCGCGUGAGGGGGCUUUGGGACGGCCGAAGCUCCGAAGAUCCCUCUGUGAGGUCUUACAGGUGCUCGCAUCUUGGACAGUCUCCUGGCUUGGAUGUGGUAGCAUUGACUUGCGGGGCAGCCGCGUGUUUCAAGGAUGGUUGGAGACGUACCCCAAGACCGGCGACGGUGUUGCUAAGCGCAUUGGCAAGGAAGGGGUACUGGAACGUGGCGGGCCAGGUUCUUUGGCACAUGAUCGAAGUGCCCAGGCUGCCUUGAGACAGGACCGCUUCUUGAGACGCAGCUCUGUCAGCUACUCUGUCAGCCUUCAGGAGUCUUUGGAGGUCAAUGUCUUCCACUGCAGCUCUGUGAUCAGCGCGUGUGAGAAGAGUGGAAACUGGCGACUGUCAUUGGCUCUUUUGGAUCUCCACCAAGCGCAGAUGUCCGAAUUGAAGAUCGUUCCGAAUCAGAUCAGCUACAGCGCCGCGGCGACGACCUGUGCGAAGGGCAAUUGGCCGGCCGCACUUUUGCUUAUCUACAGCAUGGCGGGAAGGCGAUUGCCACCCGACCAAGUGAGUUGGAAUGCUGCAAUCGAUGCUUGCCGUGGAGCUGAUUGGGAGCUUGCAGUGCGCAUGCUUUUCGACAUGCCCAGGACCCGCGUGGCACAAGAUUCGGUCAGCUUCGGUUCUGCGAUCAGCGCUUGCGAAAGAGGCAGUGCUUGGGAGAUGGUGCUGCAUCUGCUCGUUUUGAUGAGGCAAGUUCAGGUGAGGUUGAAUGACAUCAGCUGCUCUGCUGCCAUCAGUGCCUGUGGACACAAAGGCCACCAAUGGAAGGUGGCGCUGGUUUUAUUUGAGGAGAUGCUGGCAUUGGAUGAGGCUGUGACACCGGACAGAUUUGUGUGGAAUGCCGCAGUUGCAGCCUGUGAGACGAGCUCAGAGUGGAAGAUGGCGUUGGCCAUUCUUGAAACCAUGGUGGCUCGUGCAGUUCUUCCAGACGUCGCUACAUGCACCUCCUGCAUCAACGCUUGCAACAGCCGCGAGAGCAGAAGUUGGCCGCACGUGGUGGCACUCUUCGAGGAGAUGUCUGCCAGACUUUCCAUUUUGCCGAACAUUAUCACGUAUUCCGCGGUCAUCACGGCUGCCUCGAAUGGGCUUCAGCACACAUCCACCUUGCAGCUUCUUCUUGCUGUAGAUGACAUUGCUUGGACCCUGAUACGGACGUGA